GACAUCCACUUGUUGUUCCACCGGCCGGGCCGGGCCGGCACUGGCCACUGCCAGUGGCAGCCAGUUAGCCAGUUGUUUCAGAGCUGCGUGACUGGGUGCUUGGGUGCUUCGGUGCGCGAGCUGCCGCGAGAGUUUCUUCAAAUCGUGUCGCGGUCGCGGUGUGAAACAGUUAAACGCGAUCUGGAUUAUCUCUAAUUGUGCGAUUGGAUUUUGCCAACUGGUCGAUUGUCGUGUCAACACGCUAGAUUCUUGCGAUUAUUUACAGUGACUCGAAUCGGACGUAUCAGUUUGGACAGUGGACCUGCCUUGUUUUAAUGUAGUGUGCAAGACAACGAGUUUCGUAUUGUCUAAAAAACAAAUUAAACGCACCGGAAAUCUUAUCUGCCUCAACAUCCUGCACAUGAUCGGUGGCGCAUAAUAAACAGAGCCGCCAGCCAAAAAAGAUUCGGGUGUGUUGCACGAACGUCGCAGUACCAGCAUCGAAGAUGGAACAGGACACAGUGGAUUCGGCGAUAUUUUAUCAGACGCUCGAGAAGAAGAAGGUGCCUCCGAUUGAGACGCUGAACAGCGAAAUGCCGGGCAAAUUGCAGAAGGAUAGGGGAAAACGGAUAAUAAAAACGUUCCUCAACAGGCUGAGGCUGAAGAAGUACGCCAGUGCCAACAUUUCCAAGCCCGAUCCCACCUACAAGGUUGCCUAUUUGGGAAACGUCAUCACUGGCUGGGCCAAAGGUGAGGGUUGCGUGGAGAAGCCGCUGGCCACCCUAUGGAGAAACUACACUCAAUCAUCACGACCCGACGUGCGAAUGAUUCUGACCGUAUGUGGUGGUGGAUUGAAGGCAACAACCAAAGACCACGGAUUAACGGAAUACUGGGCUCAUCGACUGACCAUCUGUUCAGCACCUGCUCAAUUUCCUCGACUUUUCUGCUGGGUGUACCGACACGAGGGUCGCAGACUGAGGCACGAACUCAGGUGUCACGCAGUGCUGUGUCCUUCGGCCGCGGUGGCCAAACAAAUCGAGUCGGAGUUGAAGGAGUCACUCGCGUUGGCUUUGCUUGAAUUCAAGAGAGACAAAAUAUCGAGGCAGAACGCCCGUUUAAGUUUAGUCAACUCUGUAUACGACAAUCCGACGAUACCGAGAAGGAAAAUCUUGUUGAGCACCGGUCAAAGCAAUUACCGCCCUCCUUUGGAACGGUCGAAGUCCGCACCAAAGUUGUGCAGUAUUGAAGAAAUAGUCGAAGAGGAGGAGGAUCCUAAAUCAAGGACGACUCAUAAAAAAGUACUGAAACAUUACGACAGUACCAGCGCCCUACUCGACAAGAGGAAAUCGAUUUUGGAGUCUUACAUUCCCAAAACUCAAAUGACGGUACCUGCUGAUAUCUGUGAUGAAACUAAAAUGAAAGAUAGAGAACCAAGAGUCACAUUUAAUGACGACAUCAUCAAUAUCGACGAUAGAAGCGAUGUAAUCUUAGAAGAAUUAGUCCAAAGUUCUCUUUCUAAUGAUCUUUUGGAAUCAUGUGAAAGGGCAUGGAUUAACGCCCUAGGUGAAACACCAGAUUUGAUCCCAGUCGAUAGUGAUGAGGGUUCUCUAUCCAGUGGAUGCGAAUCAGCAAGUACCGUGACAUCAGAUAUGGAUCAACCCGCUUUCCCGCUGGAAGAAAUUGUCGAAGAAGCGGUCGAAGAAACUCCGAACGACAAAUGCAAAACUGAAAAUAAAAAGACUGAUUUAGACUUUAAAGUAGGCGGUAGUGUGCUGGCUCGUGUGCGAAGUUUCGAACGGAUAGCAAAUACGGACAUUUUAAAAUAUUGCGGGCUCAACAACAAUCUGUACAAUAAUAAAUCUCUUUUGAACCACGAAGAAGUCUCUCUAAUACCAGUUGGAGAGAGUCACACCGAUUUUAGUUCCCUUAAAGUUUUCAAAAAGAAAACUGUUCCCGAACGAGACAUAUCCGCUUUUGAAGUUGAUGAAACCGACGGAAACGGAUCUGAGGAAGAAAAUGGAAGUGCCUGCAGUGAUGAAAGCGGCUAUGAAGAAGAGGAAAUUGCCAGUUCCGUUUCCAACAUAGUUUUAGUUUGAAAACAGCUUUACGCAAUAAAUGUACAUAGUAAAUUUAUUUAUUAUUAAAGAGAUUUUAUUUGUAUAGAUUUUAAGAUUCGUACUGAUUAUAUUGCACUGGUUUUUAUUUGCGAAUGUAAAUUUAAAAUCCAUGUACACUAUAGAAUUUAUUCGACUCUUAUUGUAUAUAAUGUAAAUAAGUCACAGAAUAUAAUGUGAUUAUUUGUUGUUAUUUGUUACCAUUGUAUGGUGUCUUGUUACAAUAAUUUUUCUAAAAAUACACAGUUUUGUGUGCACAUUAAAUAAAAUAGUUAAUUGCAA